GUUUUGCAUUUUAGGAAAUAAAAUAAUGCUAAUGAAGCAACCAUUUCCCUGAAGUUUGAGUUUUCAGACUCGCUGCUAUAAUGGAUGAGCAGCAAGCUUUGAAUUCAAUCAUGCAGGAUUUGGCUGUGCUUCAUAAGGCCAGUCGUCCUGUAUUGCCCCAGCAAGAAACAGGAAAACCAAAGUCAUCUUCACCUAAAAAACAGAAUGAUGUUAGAGUCAAAUUUGAACAUCGAGGUGAAAAAAGGAUCCUGCAAUUACCAAGGCCUGUUAAACUUGAAGAUCUUGCAGCUAAAGCUAAAGUUGCUUUUGGACAGACUAUGGAUUUACAUUACAGCAAUAAUGAGCUUGUAAUUCCAUUAACCACACAGGAUGACCUGGACAAAGCUGUCGAGCUACUUGACCGUAGUGUACAUAUGAAAAGUCUCAAGAUACUGCUUGUAAUACAUGGAAAUACACAGUCUCCCAGUGUAAAUAACGUGGAACCCUUGCCCUCACUGGAAGAUUUAGAUAAUACAGUGUUUGGUGUGACAGACAGAAAAAGGCGACUGUCUGUAAUAGGUUCUAAUACUCGUGAUAGAAGUUCACCUCCCCCAGGAUACAUUCCAGAUGAGCUGCAUCAGGUGGCUCGAAAUGGGUCCUUCACCAGUAUCAACAGUGAGGGUGAAUUCAUUCCAGAAAGUAUGGAUCAGAUGCUGGAUCCAUUGUCUUUGAGCAGUCCUGAAAACUCUGGCUCAGGAAGUUGUCCCUCGCUUGACAGCCCGUUAGAUGGGGACAACUAUCCCAAGUCUCGGAUGCCAAGAGCACAGAGCUAUCCAGAUAAUCAUCAGGAAUUCUCAGUAGAGUAUGAUAUCCCAAUAUUUGAGAAAUUUGGAAAGGGGGGGACUUAUCCCAGACGAUAUCAUAUUUCAUAUCAUCAGCAAGACUACAGUGAUGGUCGUAAAACUUUUCCAAGAGCCAGAAGGACUCAGGGGAACAACUUCCGAUCACCAGUUAGUUUCAGUCCCACUGAUCACUCGCUGAGCACCAGCAGUGGGAGCAGCGUCUUUACGCCAGAAUACGAAGAUAACCGAAUGAGGAGGAGGGGCAGUGACAUAGACAAUCCUACCUUGUCAGUCAUGGACAUCAGCCCACCCAGCCGCUCACCACGAGCUCCAACUAACUGGAGACUUGGUAAACUGCUGGGUCAAGGUGCAUUUGGCAGAGUGUAUCUGUGUUACGAUGCUGAUACUGGAAGAGAACUGGCUGUUAAACAAGUUCAGUUUGAUCCCGAUAGUCCGGAAACCAGCAAGGAAGUAAAUGCACUUGAAUGUGAGAUUCAGUUGCUGAAAAAUCUGCUGCAUGAAAGAAUUGUUCAGUAUUAUGGCUUCUUGAGAGAUUCACCUGAAAGGACACUCUCAAUAUUCAUGGAGUAUAUGCCUGGGGGUUCCAUCAAAGACCAAUUGAAAUCAUAUGGAGCACUCACAGAGAAUGUGACUCGUAAAUACACACGGCAGAUUUUGGAAGGCGUUCACUAUUUGCACAGUAAUAUGAUUGUCCAUCGAGAUAUUAAAGGAGCAAAUAUUCUGCGGGAUUCAGCAGGCAAUGUGAAGCUUGGUGACUUUGGUGCCAGCAAACGACUGCAGACUAUCUGUCUCUCUGGUACGGGAAUGAAGUCUGUCACAGGAACUCCCUACUGGAUGAGUCCUGAAGUUAUUAGUGGAGAAGGGUACGGCAGAAAAGCAGACAUCUGGAGUGUAGGUUGCACAGUGGUAGAAAUGCUCACUGAGAAACCCCCGUGGGCAGAGUUCGAAGCCAUGGCUGCCAUCUUUAAAAUUGCCACUCAGCCAACCAACCCCCAGCUCCCUCCUCACGUCUCCGACCACGCUCGGGAUUUCUUGAAACGGAUUUUUAUCGAGGCCAAGCUGCGACCGUUUGCAGAUGAACUGCUAAGACACACGUUUGCACACUAUCACUAACACCUGCCUCAACUCAGCUUGCAUCUACUGCAUUUAUUUUCUAUUUGACUGCACUUUUCUUUUUUAUUUUUUACAAAGAAAAAGGAGAAAAAAGACAAGAGAGAGAAUAUUCUCUUGAAUCUUUGUUUCACUUAGAUUGUAAACAAUCUAAAUUUUGUAUCUAUAAUGAGAAUCUUCCCUCCUCCCAACAGGACUAGAACUUUUUGUUUCUAUAAUGUACUGAUGUGGUUGAUGUAGAUAAAGCACUUUAGUACAUAUUUGUUCCUUAUUUAAAGAGGAAAAAAAUUUAAAAUGCUUGGACAGUCAGGAACUGUGUGACUUUUUCUGACACCGCUGACUGACUCAGGGUGCAGGGAAAAAUAGACAUGCAGCUAAAUGACAAGAGGGUUACUUCUAUGUGAUUCUUAUCUAUAUUGUAGGUACUUGCAGCAGAGAGUUCUAAGUUCUUAUUUUAUUUUAGCAUUUAAUCAAUUUCUGGAAUUUACAGUUUGGAAUUUACAGGAACAUGCAGUUCUGAGAGUUAAUUGAUGGAGCUGAAGAACUUGGAACUCUUUGUACAGCAGCAUGUCUAGCUGGUACUUCUAUGUGACCAAAAGAAAAGAACAAAAAUGAGCUCAAAACUGAUGUACUAAUUAGAGGUUUUGGUGUAGAAUUAUUGUAUUAUCUUAAUAGGAAAAUAAUUACAGGUAAAAACAGAUUAUGGGCCCAGACUCCUAGAAACUACUAUACUGCAAAGGGGAAAUUUUCCAUGCUAGACAAGGGUCAGCUAUUGGAUGUAAAUAGUUAGGAGAACGCCUCCUGCUCUAUCUGCCAAAGAGAACCUCUGUUGCAUAAGCUUCAAGGGAGACAGUUAUCUUAGCUGAUAAGAAAUACUGGUGUUGAGGGUCAGUUCUCCUCCACAGUCCCAUGAAUGGCUGCAGGGGAAAGGGAGUAACUAAUCCUUGUGCAGUAUAUGAGUUACUGGAUUCAGAAUGAGCUAUAAGAAAUGUUUUCAAAGCUGUUGAGAGGCGCUAGGAUGGAAUGUAUGUCAACAUCAAGUGCCUGAAUAAUACAAAAUUCUUCUCAUUCUGCACUAAAAAAAAAAAAAAAAAAAAGGUUUAGUAAUGCUGGUCAGUCAUCUAGGAUGUGUUGAUAAUUCCUGAAAUAAAGUCCAACAUCUCUUAACAUCAGGAAUGAGUCACUGAGAAAGCUAGGACUCCAGCUGUAUUUUUAAUAAAGUUGCACUGAUGAAUCCUAUGAAGAUGGAGGCACAGCCCAGAAAACUGUACAAAGAACAGGCCAAAAGUGCAGAGAGAGCCAGCAAUUAAAUAACAUCAGUGUGAUUAUUCCAGCCUGAUAAUCCAGAUUGGUGUUUGUCUGAUUUCCAACUGUCAUAAAAUGUACGUUACUUACUUUUCUAUUUCUGAAAGAACAUAAUAAAAGAAGCAAAAAUCUGAAAUAUUGCUUCUCAGCUGAGAAGCCCAGGUACUAAUCAGGUGUACUGAAUAACUGACUUUUCACAACAGAAAAGUCAGAUUCAUAUUUUUGUAGAAGAACAGAACAUAAAUAAUUUAAAGGGGCAUUUGGAAAUAAACUAUUGGACAACAGAACUGAAAUUAUGUUUACUGUUUUGGAUGAUUCAUUGCUUGCUUUUUUUGUUUUUUAAAAGCAGAGCAGGCUGGUACUGUGAUCCUUGUCUAGUCUGACAAGGCUCUACCUGUUCUGCAUCUUUAGAGGUCUGUCAGGUUUACAAAAUGCAUGGAGACAGAACAAUAAGCUUACCUAUUCUCACAGUCACUCACAUAUGAGAUUUCUGAAUUUAUUCUUCUGAAUUCCAUAUAUUUUAUCAGAGCAUAAGCCCGAGUAUGGAUUAAUCCUAAUCACUUUACCUGUAGUGGAGUAAGAAUGACUUUUUUGUGGCCAUCUCUCCAGAGACUGAGAGUGGUGACUUCUUCAGCUUAUGUGAGUAUUUUACCCAACUUAGCAUUUUCUUGGUCAGGGUAGACAACUGUGCAGGGUUUCCUGAGCACAGGAAGUAGUAGUCAGACCAGGAAAAGUAUAAAAGGCUGAAAGGAAAGGCAGCUUGUACUGACUUUUUUUCUUGUUUCUCUGUCACUAGAUAAAAGCUAUGAAGCAGCCUUUAAGAAGAAUUGGUAUAUACUCUGCUGUAAGAGACCUUUGCUUUAUAAGCAAAAUACAGUGACAGUAGGAAUGGGAAGUUUAAUGUAGAACCUAAUAGUUUAUGUAGGUAAUUUUCAAGAUCGUGUAAUUGAAGUGAUUGAUUUUAGACUAAACAGGUACCAAAACUAAGGUGAAAAUGUAUAUAAAAAUCAGUAGUGAUCAGUGAUACCUGAAAAGGUAAGGAAAUUUUAUAUUACCAAAAAAGGACAUUAAAGGGAAAAUGUAACCAGGUUUAUCUGUAGCAUUCAUAACAUUUAAAUAUACUAUUCUAAAGAGAAACUGCACUCUCUGAAGCUUGAACAUUUUCAGAAUCUAGUUUUCUUAUAAUGUGACCUUUUUGUGAGACAGUGCUGGAUCAUGUAUAUUACAAUAUCACUUUCUUGUUGUGAUUUUUAAUUACUGAACAAUCAAGUUUGCUGCUUUUGUGCCUUUUCUAAAAAAAAAAAUGGCAUUCAGUCAUGACAACGGUCAGUGUUUUGGAGCCAGGAAAAAAGCAGCUUUCAAAAUAUGUUUUUCAUCAUGUUUUUGGCAUGUCAGAAAGCUGCCAAUGUAAAAACUGUGCUUCUUAAAUGAAGUUGACAUUUUCCAGUUUGAGUGAUUCUAGUAAAAUUUUACAAAUUUAACCAAGGUUAGUUUUUUUUUUCACCCUAAGGAGAAUCUCUGCUGACUUAAAUAACUUACAGUGAACUAGUUGGUUAUUAACACAAAUAUUUUGAGCUAGAAAUAGUUAUAAAGGUAAAUCAGACUUUUACCAAGAGGUUGGCUAUUACUUACCCCUAGUGGGGUAAUGUAGUAAGAUGAGCUGUAUACAGGGUUUGUUAAACACUUACAGGGACUCCUGUGAUGAUGGUGAAUUACCCCUCGUUCUAGAAUUUGUGAGGGUGCAUGGAAUUUCAUGCUUUAAACUCCACUGGAGGAGGAUUGCAGAGCCAAGAUCCCUGCUCACACCUUCUUGUAUGUCACUUAAAAAGCCACCAGCAUUUUGGAAUCGUGAAUUGGCCUUAAUUGUUGAAUCCAAUUAUAAAAAAAUGCCAGUGAAAGCAAUACUGCUGUAGGGUUCGGUUGCUUUUCUGUAAAUGCCACAAUGAAGCUAUACUCUCAAAAAAUAAGAAAAAAUUCACGGUGAGUAUGUGUAUUUUCAAAAGUCUUUACUUACCUAAUGAUUUUUAGCAUUCUCUCUGUUGCACAUAUUAAGUAACAAGAGCUACUUCGUGGUAUGGUUUUAAUGGUGUAAUAGUCCUGUUAGAGUAUGACUCAUGGUUUCAGUUGUGUUGUGUUAGAGAAAGUUAACACAAAAGUUAUUUUUUAUUUGGGUGAUAGAAAUAUCCAUGGAUGAACCCAAAAAGGCAUGGAUCAGAUAAGUGCAAAGUUAAAUCUAGUUGUCUUUUCUUGACAGUUUAAAUAUAGUCUUAAAAGUUCUAACUUGAUUUCCAAUUAGAUUUGUAGCUAAACAGUCCUUUCAGUCAAAUAAAAUGAAAACUUUUGUUUUUUAGCUAGUGCCUUUUUCUCUGUAUGCCUUAAUUUUGUUCAUGUUAGAACACCAUAUUGAAAUAAGUCAUACAAUUCCAUGUCACCAAAGCAGUCUUAGAGAAUGGGUUUUUUCAAAGUGCCCAAAGCAGAGUUUGCCUAACUGCAUUGAAAAGUGUGCUUGGGUUAUAAUCUGCAGCAGACAUUCAAAUUUAGAACUUUAAAGUGAUUUUUGGCUUCCUGUGCUAAUAAACAUUUUGUAUUUGCAUUCUGGAGAUUGUACACUGAUGCACAUGCCAGAAAGAGAUUUGUCUGCGUGCACGGAAGUAACUGGAUUGUCACGAUUUGACUUCCUGGUUCUGGGUACCAGACUCUGCAGCAGAGUUUCUUACUGGGCUUGAAAGCAAAGUUGGUACAUUUGUAAGCCGGGUACUGUAUUAAAAGCUGUUUACUUUCAGUGCACAGGAAUAUGAUCUGUCCAAGCAAACGAACAGAUUUCUUUCCUGUGCCUUUUGGAUAAUCCUAAUCCUGCCAUUGUCUUGACUGAAAGCCUCAUAGAACCCGUAGGUACAGUGCAGUAUAGCAAGCCAUUCUUUUGGACAGCAUAGAGCUAUGUCUAACUGCAGCUUCAGAGACUCGAGCAAAUUGGUCAGAUCUACAGUUAUUUAUAACUAAUUUCUUACUUUUUUAAUCUUGAAAGACUGUGUCAUGCAUAUAGAAAAGUAUAAUUUGUGUGCU